CUGAAAUUAAUCUUGAAUGAAACUUCGAACAUAGGCCACGACAGUCACUCAAUGAAUGAAUGAUGAUGAUGAUGAAUAUUUAAUUGAUUGAAUGGAUUUCUAUUGUUUCAAUAAAAAAAAUGAUGUACAUUCAUUCAUGAAACGACGAAUAACCAAUUUUGUGUAACAAAAUUCAUUUAUUCAUUUGUUCUCAUUAAGACGAAAUCAUCAGCUGAAGAGAAUAACUUUUGAUUCAAAUCAAUUUUGACAUUGAAAAAAUUACGAAUAAUUAUGGAUCACAACGAUAACAACAACAAAAUGAAUAAACCAAUCAAUAAAGUGCCUAAAACCAAUUAUUCAACAAUGUUAUUGAAAGAAUUAAAACAUACAAUGACAUUGACACGUGAACCAAUUGAAAUUGAUUGUCCUGAAUGUAAGAAUAAGACGAUGACAAAAACGCAACAGGUUAAUGGUCAAUUGACAUAUCUCAUUUGUGUACUUUGUGCAUUAGGAUGUUGGUGUGGAUUAUUGCCAAUGAUUAUCAAUGAUUUUAAGGAUAUUAAACAUAAUUGUUCAAAUUGUGGAGCGGUCAUUGGUACUCAUUAUCUUCGACUAUGAAUAUUAUAGUGAUGAUAAUUCCUGCUACUAUAAUACGAUAUAUUACGACAAAUUUUUUUUCCAUACGAUGUAUAAUAUGAAUAAAAUCAUCAGAAAAAAAAAAUAUUUACUUUGAAUAAAUGUAAAUUUUAAUGAUAACAUCGCUAUUAUCUCUAUAGAGCAACAACGAAGAGUUUGUGAAUGAUAAUGACAGUGUUCUGAAAAGAUGUUGCUGUAUGUCGAUACUUGAUUGAUAAGAAAAUUUAAGUAAAAAACUAACUAAAUCGCGAUUUGAAAAUGAUAAAAACCAAUGUUCGUAACGAUUUUUUGGCCAUCAUUCAACACUUUUUUGCAAUUCAAAAU